GUAAUGUAACUUGUUGGAGGAGUUGUACAUGUGAUAAAAUUAGCAGUUGUAGUACUUAUUGUCGAAACAAAGUAUCCUGAAUAUAUAAAUGCUAUAGAUGUUCCAGUUGUAUAGGUAUAUUUCUCAUUUUAGUCUAAGAAACUAAAUUAAGCUUGCCAUUAUGAAUUAGUUAUUUAAAUCAAGCAAGCAAGGACAAAAUUGAUUAACAAUGUCAUUAAUUAAAUAAAAGAAAAUAAUUUAUAAUAAGAUGUAUUAAAAAGAUAAGAAAAUGAAAAGUUUAGAAUUAUCAAAUCAUUUCGAUUAUCUUUCCUUUCUAUAGAGUUAGUUUUAAAUUAUUAUAGUAUUUAAAUAGAGGUUAAUAAAAAUAAAAUAUAUCACUUUUAGAAUUGGUAUAGGAUUUGCGAUUAAUUUUAUAAAAAAUGA